AUGGAAAGAGAAGAAAAGAUCCCCUUUGAUGAAGGAAGAGGAGGCAAAGGUAAGUGGGAUGAGUACAGCAUCCUCAACGACAGCAUCUGCAAGGAGAGAGGCACGGAUAAGGGGAGUUCGCUUGAAUGGAGGUCGUACAGAAACGAAGAAUGUAAUUCUGAUACAGGAUCACAGGAUGGCGUGAAGACUUUCCUGAGUGAAGAGGCCCCCUCCGCAAAGAAGCAGAGAGACGAAGAGGAGAAUGGCAAGGAGAACGGCAGGCCGCUGGUUUCAGGGCUGAGGAAGAGUGUUUCUGGGAAUUCCAAGGCGACCGGUCGAAGGAAAGGGGAAGAACCGAGGUUAGAAUGGAUUGAAGGGAACGGAUCCUCGGUAUGCCCAGGGAUCCAGCAAAACGUCUCAAAGCAGAGAUAUGAAGAGCACAUGAGAAGAUCAGAGUAUGCAGAUGCUGAAGACAAGCCUAGAUGCGAAGUAUCGAAAGGGAAUCUCGAGGAUGUGCAAGUAACACAAAUACAGAAGGAAGAGAACAUGAGGAAGGUCCUCAGGGCUCAGGAGGGGGAUCUUUGGGCCAAGGACCAGGAAAUUCUUCUGCUCAAAGAGAAGAUGUCGAUGCUUGAGUCACGGAUGGAAAUAUCUGGGAAAGAGUAUGUUGCAGAAUGUGUUCUGAGAGGAGAGGCUGCGGUGAAGAUGCUGGAGGAGGAAAUAAAGAAGGAAAGGGCAGCAUUUCUGGAAAGGAUCGGCGAGGAGGUGGAGAAGUCGAGAAUGCUGUCGAAAAGAAUCGAGGGGCUUAAGAAGAUCAUCAACGAGCUGGUUAGGAAGAUAAAAAGAAUGAAGCAGAAGGCAGAGGGGUCCCGGACAGAAGACGUAUUCUAG